GCCCACCAAUCCCGCCGUGGCGGUGAUCCUUGUCAAAGUCUCUGCAUUCACUGUCAUCUGAAGUUUACACACGCGUAGAUAGACGUCUUAUUCGAUAUCUGCACCUUCAAAAUGGCUAGUAAAAUUGAAGAAUACAUCGAGAAAAUUCAUUACUCCGAUCGCUAUUCAGACGAUAAAUACGAAUAUCGCCACGUUAUUCUCCCGAAGCCAUUACUCAAACUUGUGCCGGAAAAUUACUUCCAGGAUCCGGUUCAUCGUGGCCCCUUGCGCCUCUUGGAGGAAGAGGAAUGGAGAGGUAUCGGUAUCACGCAGAGUUUGGGUUGGCAACACUAUGAAGUUCAUGCACCUGAACCACAUGUCCUUCUGUUUCGGCGUCUGAAAAACUAUGUACCACCUGCGCUGCCAACGCUUCCCGUCGCUAGCAAACCCAUGAGAGAAGGCAGGAAGAAGUAGUGUGUCGUGGCCGCAUUCCUAUGCUCGUAGCAUUCUCUCACUUGCUGUUUCUUCUCUGGUUAUAUUUUUGAAAUCCUUUUUGUGCUUUCUUGAACUCUUUUCAUUGUAUUAUCGUUUUUUUGAGCAGGAAGACACCCUUCAUCAAUAUGCACUGCGCUUAUGUAUGCAUCUCUUUUCGGUCCUUCCAUUGUCACUCGUCACUGGCAUAUCUAUGUUCUAUACUGAUACCAUGAGAUUGCAUCUGAUAAGUCGAUUUGUAGCCUCGCCACGCUGGACUCAGGAACAGGACCAUACAAUGGUCCAUUUUCGAUUUACUAAAAUUGGAUACACGCACGAACCUGAAGAACCUCGCACUUGGCUCUUUACAGUCGUCAGGGUGUUGGCAUCAGGGGUUCUGUAGACUUCUGCUAAGGGCAACCACCAACAACUCCAGUGGCGAGUACAUGCCAGCCUCUUAUGGACUGAUCUCUUGGUUUUCUGUACUGUAUAAUCUACCUUU